AUGGACUAAAAAUUAGAAACAGAGUUAGUUGCUAAAAAUUAAACAGAAUAAUCAGAGCCAAUAAUUAAACAAGAUGCUUAUGAGAAACUAAUUAUAGGAUCUAAAUCUAAUAUUGAUGCAAACUCAAUUAUUGAGGCUCUACCUUUUGGAAAGUUCUAAUAUAUUUUUGGAGUCUCAAUAUUUAUUCAUUACUGCACAGCAGCUAUAGUAACCUAUAAUUAUGGGUAUCUACUAAUGUACCCUUCUUAUCAAUGUGAAUUCAAUAAUGAAUGGUAAACAUGUACGAGGUAGCAGAUGUGUGAAUAGAGAUAAAAUCCUACAUUCAAUUGGAAAAUUGACGAAGGUAAUAAUCGAUCAUUAAACAACUGGGUUUAAAAAUUCAAUCUUCACUGCUCAGAUUCUUAUAUAAUAGGUCUAUUUGGUUCUAUAGAUUUUCUUGGUUAAUUAAUUGCUAGCUUUAUAUUCCCACCACUAUCAGACAAAUAUGGUCGCAGAAUCAUUGUCGUAAGUGGAAUGGUACUGCAAAUGCUAAUUAUACUCGGGAUGUUUUUUAUUUCAAAUUACCUCACUAUGUACUUAGUUAUAUUUAUUUUGGGCAUGACUUUCACAAACAAAAAUUUCGUUACCUAUUCGCAUCUGAUGGAAUUUAUGGGAAAGAGAGCUUCAUUCUUAACUGGCCUAAUAUUCUUUUGUGACUCUCUAAUAUUCAUCAUUACACCCUUGAUCAUACUCAAUGUAUCAAAGAAUAUGAAUGCGAUUGUUGGAUUAGCUCUGUUCUCAUCGAUUCUAGUUCUAGUUCUUACCUUUAUGAAUGUAUUCCCUGAGUCAAUCAUAUAUAAUUUAAGUGUUGGAAAUUACUCCAGUGUUAUUUAAGAUACCAAGAAAAUUUGCUUAAUCAAUAAAUCCACAGAAUCUCAAUAGAAAAGAGUCCUUGAUUUAAUAGAUAGCUACAUUUAUCAUAAGAAAUUCGAUUAAGAGUCUUAGAGAUUUAUGAAUGAUAUUGCUAUUGGUGAAAUUUAAGAUUAAAAUGUCAAAAUUUUGAAGCUGCUUUUGACAACAUAAAAUACUAUCUAUAACAUGACAAUGAUGACUUUCUGUUGGAUUGCAUCUUCUGCUACUUUUUUCUUAAUGAACUUCUACAUUAAGUAUAUACCUGGAGACAUUUAUACCAUAAGCAUGAUAAUGGGAUUCUCGUGCAUUGGUUAUCUUAUUAGUGACUUUAUCUCCUUGAAAUAUGAUGUCGUCAGAUCCUUAAAUAUGGCUUAUGGAAUAGUAUCAAUAAUUGUAUUUAUUAUUCUAAUGGUUGACGCUUAGAGAAUACAUAUUUUGGUAUAUUCUUUACUGUUCUUUCUAUUGAAAACAUUUGUAUGUAUGAGUUAUUCUAGUACUGUUUCCCAUAUACUUCUAUUGGAUUCAAGAAUACUAGCAACUAGCUAUGCAUUAUGUGGAUCCUUUUCUAGAUUAGUAAAUUUAUUAGUACCGAUGAUUGCAGAAGCAGAAAAUAAAAGUUUUCCACUAAAAUUCUUGCUAUUUAUUAACCUAGCAGCAUUUAUUGCAAGCUUCUUGAUUAGGCGUUCAACUAAGUUAGAAUCGAGUUCAAGUUUUAAAUGA